CAGCGAUGGGAUCAUCACGUUUCCCGUGCGGCCUGCCGUGCGCCCGACCAACUUUACGAGCAUCGAAGGCAGUCCCAUCGAAGGCGCCGCUGCGGAGGGUUUCAUCGCGAAAGUUAACCUCGGAACGCCUCCACAACAGAUAAAUUUAUACGUAGAUACAGGGAGCAGUGACCGUCGCAGUUGCGGCGUCCGAUGACAACAACUUGGCCACAUACUUCUUUAGAAACAGGUCGGCAACUUACCUGGCAGGUACGGAAGAUGUGUCAAAGAAGUUUGUUACAGGCGGGUACAAUGGAACUGUCGGCAGUGACAUUUUGCGAGACAUGGCGACGUCAUCACUUAGGGUGCCAAUGAUUGCCAUAGCUUCCUCGGUAGACAUGUUCCCAGCACAUGCACAACGACAGGGCCUAUGGGGCCUAGCCUUCCCACACCUCACCAGGCAACAAAGUUUCAUGGAGGCAUUGAGCGCUGAAAAGGGCAUCAGCCACUUUGUGCUCUCGUACUGUGAUAAGCAUGAAAUGGGCUCGGCACAAAAUUUUGGAGCACUGAGCUUCAAGGGGAAGAUCCCAAACGGAACACUUUUUACUCCCGUGUUUAUGCCUACAUUCUUUUCGAUUUACGUGGCAAACAUUAGAGUCGGGGCAAACGAGUGGCCAGGCUUCUGUAGUGAGCUGAACGAUGACCCUGCGAUAAUCGACACUGGGGCCACAAACCUCCUGCUGCCAAAAGACGUGUUCCUAUGGGUGUUCGACUCUCUUAACGCACAGGCCAAGUACAACCUUUCAUCAGACAUCUCCACUGUUUACUGCUUGGAAGAUGGAUUUGUGGUGAAUGAUUUCCCGUCCAUGGAGAUACUUAUGCCGGAUGCACAGGGCAAGAUUUUCACACUGGUGAUGCCACCGUCUGUCUACUUUCAAGAGGUUGCAUUAAAGCGUGGUGACCAUGGUUGCUACAAACUUGCAGUGGCUCCAUCACCAUCAACAUCUGGCAUCAUUAUUGGCUUCGCUGUUGUCCGAGGUCUGACCACGGUAUUUGAUUUGGGCAACAGGCGUGUUGGAUUUGCACCCCUCCUUUGCAAUGCAAACGACGUGAUAGUCAAGUAUGUUGACAAGGACUACGCAGGCCACUCGUGCAUCUGGGAGCUCCCAACAAUGGGUCCCAAGACUUGGACCAUCUUUGUCUACAUCAUCGUCUUCAUAUGCCUCAUGUGUGCCAUGCCAGUUGUCAUUGUAGGGCUGUUGUGGCUUAAACGUAGGAUACGUAUUUUCAGGUCCAGAGCAUCUUCCGACGGAGUUGGGCUCAUCAACAUUUAGCCACAGAAGCCACUCUCCUCCUUACCUGCACAGACGAUGUCGCAUGUCGCCUGCAGCGCACAAAGAGCCAGCAAUAGCAUGAACUCUGGGAUUCCCGUGACAUCAAGAGGGAACGAAUUUUGCAGAAAUGAGCUACACAGCAAGAAAAACAAAAGAAAGAAGAGAAAAACUUGGCCAGAGCUUAGCAAUGCUAACACUCUUAAGUCUGCGUUAGUAUACUUGGAAUGAGACGACUGUGACAUCUCGGCAGCUGCACGCAAGUGCGUCACGGUUGAGCUUCGUAACAGUGAUGUUUCUAUACCUCAUGUCUCUUACAAACUUGAGAUUUUGGGCUCACUGUGUGAUGCGCUUGCGUACACUUGACACACCUUGUGU